AUGCUGAUGGUGGCGCCAGUCAAGGUCAAGGGCAAGGCCAAGGCCAAGAUCAUGCAGAAGUGCCAGCUCUUCGCAGACCGCGAGUCCGGCAGCGUCUCUAUCAACCCAACCAUGGCUUCUCACACUGCUGGCGCAUCUGUCGGCAUUGAUCUCGGGACCACAUACUCGUGCGUCGGCGUGUGGCGCAACGAUCGCGUCGAGAUCAUCGCCAACGAGCAGGGCAACCGGACGACGCCAUCGUAUGUCGCCUUUACCGACGCCGAGCGACUCAUCGGUGACGGCGCCAAGCUGCAGGCUGCCAUGAACGCCAAGAACACAGUCUUUGAUGCCAAGCGCCUCAUUGGCCGCCUGUUUGCCGACUCCACUGUGGCGGCCGACAUGGCCUCGUGGCCCUUUGCCGUUGUCGAGCACGAGGGCAAGCCCAUGAUCGAGGUCGAGUUCCGCGGCGAGACCAAGGUCUUCUCGCCGGAGCAGAUCUCGUCCAUGGUCCUGACCAAGAUGAAGCGCGUUGCCGAGGCAUACCUCGGCGAGGACGUGGGCAACGCGGUUGUUACUGUCCCUGCCUACUUUAACGACGCCCAGCGGCAGGCGACCAAGGACGCCGGCGCCAUCGCCGGCCUCAACGUUCUUCGCAUCAUUAACGAGCCGACCGCCGCCGCCAUCGCCUAUGGCCUCCACCACGAGGGCGCUGAGAAGAACGUGCUCAUCUUUGAUCUGGGCGGCGGCACCUUUGACGUCUCAGUCCUCACCAUCGACAACGGCAUCUUUGAGGUCAAGGCCACCGCUGGCGACGCCCAUCUCGGCGGCGAGGACUUUGACGCCCGCCUUGUCAACCACUUUGUCCGCGAGUUCAAGCGCAAGCACCGUGCCGAUGUCACCGGCAACGCCCGGGCCAUGCGCCGGCUACGAUCUGCUUGCGAGCGCGCCAAGCGCACACUCUCGGCCUCGACCAACGCCUCCAUCGAGAUCGACGCCUUCUACGAGGGCGUCGACUUCUACUCGUCCAUCACCCGCGCCCGCUUUGAGGAGCUCAACCACGACCUCUUUGCCAAGUGCAUCGGCCCUGUCGAGCGGGCGCUGACCGACGCCAAGCUCGCCAAGGCCGACAUCCACGACAUUGUUCUCGUCGGCGGAUCCACGCGCAUCCCACGUGUCCGCGCCCUCCUUGCAGACUACUUUGCCGGCCGCGCGCCGUCGCAGGGGAUCAAUCCGGACGAGGCUGUCGCCCACGGCGCUGCUGUCCAUGCCGCCGUCCUAUCGGGCGCGAGUGACACCAGCGGAAAGCUCGCUGAGCUCCUUCUCCUCGACAUGACCCCGUUCUCGCUCGGGCUGGAGACCGCUGGCGGGCUGAUGACCAACCUCAUCCCGCGGAACACAACCAUUCCCACCAAGAAGACCCAGAUCUUCUCCACCUACGCUGACGAUCAGCCGGGUGUGCUCAUCCAGGUCUUUGAGGGCGAGCGGGCGCAGACAGCGGACAACAACCUCCUCGGCAAGUUCGAGCUCACGGGCAUCGCGCCCAUGCCGCGCGGAAAGCCGCAGAUCGAAGUUGUCUUUGACAUCGACGCCGAUGGCAUCCUCAACGUCUUGGCCCAGGACAAGUCGUCGGGCCACAAGCACUCGAUCAAGAUCACCAACGACUCGGCUCGCCUCUCCAAGGACGACAUCGAUCGCAUGGUGGCCGAGUCGGAGAAGUACGCUGCAGAGGACGACAUCAUCCGCCGCCGCAUCUCGGCGCGCAACGACCUCGAGGCCGCCGUCUUCUCCCUCCGCACUGCCGUGAGAGACGGUACCGUCUCUGCUACCGAGCCGGACAAGGCCAAGAUCUCUGCCAGGAUCGACGAGGCCAUUGCCUGGCUCGACGCCAACCAAGAUGCCGAGCGAGAGGAGUUUGAGGCUCAAGCUAAGGAGCUCCACGCCUUUGUCGACUCCAUCGCCGCUGCUCCGGCUGCUCCCACGCCCGUCGUCAACGAGUCCGAGCUUGACUGAGUGGCCCCACUGCAUGCAGCCGUUUUCCCAAGCAUUUUCCCCCGCGCGCUAAAACCAACAUUACCA